UUACUUUCCUCGGUCUCAUCACUGUAGCUACCGGUGUUCGCUCUUCUCUCGCUUUGAGUGCUGUAGUCUCUGGCCCUUCCAGCGUCACCCAUGGGUGCCAGUAGCUCCUCCUCUUCCUUGGGUGCUGCUGGAUCCCCUCCCUGGGAGCAUCUCUGUCUAGCGCUCCGAGCCUUUAGUCUCUAAUUCUGUUUUCUUCCCAACAGGUAGGGGAUCUUUCCUCCGCUUCCCACCAGAUCCAGCCCCACAAAGGGCUCCAUGGAGUUCCCAGAUCUCGGUGCUCACUGCUCGGAACCGUCCUGCAAGCGUCUUGAUUUUCUCCCUCUGAAAUGUGAUGCUUGCGAACAGCUCUUCUGCACUGACCAUGUUGCCUACGCCCAUCACCACUGCACUUCUGCAUACAAGAAGGAUGUCCAGGUCCCUGUGUGCCCACUUUGCAGCACACCAAUCCCUGUGAAGCGAGGAGAGAUGCCUGAUAUUGUCGUGGGAGCACACAUUGAUCAGGACUGCAAAUCGGACCCAGCUCUGCGCAAGCGCAAGAUUUUCACCAACAAGUGUCAGCGGCCUGGCUGCAAGCAGCGGGAGAUGAUGAAGGUUCUCUGCGAUCAGUGUCAUGGCAACUUCUGCCUCAAGCACCGGCACCCACUGGACCACGGCUGCAAUGGGGCCGGGCACUCUCUCUCCAAGGCAGGGAAUGCUGCCAUUGCCAGGGCUCAGAAGUCUGCCAAAGCAUCGACAAGCACUACAUCCACCAGCGGAGCUGUGGGAUUGGUUGCGAACCCACCAACCGCCAGCCGAGCCAGCGAGAUGGCAAGAGCACCUCGGCCCCAAAGCACCUCUCCACCAGCCAUUACCUUGCAGAAUGGACUGAGUGAGGAGGAAGCACUGCAACGAGCCUUGGAGAUGUCCCUGGCAGAGGCCAUGCCUGCACAACCACAACCCCACAGCACCCAGGAAGAAGAAGACCUAGCAUUGGCCCGAGCAAUUUCAGCCAGUGAGGAAGAAUACCGGCGGCAACAGCAGCAGCAACAGGCCCGAAGCACAAAACCAUCCAACUGCUGCUUGUCCUGAGCACAAGAAGAAUCAGGCAGCCUGGGAACCAUGCCUGGCCACUGUGAUGGUUCCCGCCAGAGUUGACCUCCCUCCACUGCUCCUUCAGGGCUUGUGACAGUGAACUGAAGGCGGAACCCCUGCCUGGCCCUCAUAGAGUCACUGUCUUUGCCACACAGCUGGAGUAUCUUGUAUGGUGACCAUGCACACCUUCUGGGACAGGUGGAAUCUUCCUCCCACUGUCGGAGUUGCGGCAACUUUGGGGUGGCAGUCCGCAGUUCCACUGCCAGAGCCAGGGCUAGCACAGGUUUCAGCAGGGAAGGGGGAUGAGCUGGCAGGCAGCACUGGCAUCAGCUGAGUAAACGUCCAGCUGUUCUGUGUGGGAACAUCCCAUAGAUGAGUGGAGUUUGAUGGAGAGAGGCCCAUUCCCUGUCUCGUCGUUAUCUCAGCUUGUGGUAGUCCCAUAAUUGGACAGUAGGUGGUGCUGAAUGCUUCUAUUAAAGUGAGGGAUUUUUCCCACCUUGCUGAAGUGGGGGAGACCUCUCCCUAAAGCUGCUGUCCCUAUAAUUUCUUCAGAUGAUGCAAUGUGGGAGUCCCCUGGAGAGAUGUGGUUCAUGGAACGGCCACAGCAAAUGAAAGGAGGCACCUCUGGGGCCUGUUCCAUGUAAUCCUUUCUCUGGGGGUUGCACCUUCCCCUUCUCUGUGCUUUGGAUAACCCUACUGCUGCCAGCCCCUGGCCAGAACUCUGACACUUAGCCCCCACCCCCCAAGUCUGCCAAAGAUCCGCCUUGAGGCAACCAGGAGUCAACUGGUGGCACCGUAGUGGUAGGGAAGGGCAUUUUCCACUUCCAGUAGAUGACCAGCUGCUUUAGAUUGCAUGUUUCAAAGCUGGCUGGCUCCAGGUGGCACCCAUACCUCAGUGACCACAUGGAUGUCUGUCUGAUGCAUGCGGUGGUCAGACACAGUUUUCUACCAGGUGUAGAUUUUCUUUUUUAACAGCCUUGGGCUUCCAGCUGUAUGAUCAGCAGCAAUUAUUGUGUCUCCCUCCACAGGGGCCUCUUCACUAUCCAGCAGUUUGUGCCUUUGCUGUAUUAACUACAGGGUUGUAAGAGGGAAUAUUUCCUGGUGGGAACCAAUAAACUCAUAGAUGCAAAUAA